GUGGGCGGGUUACCAACAAUGUUUCGUUAUAACAUUGAUGAUGAGAAUACAUAACAGGUAGAAAGACAAGAGCAGAGGUCGGUAUAGUUGCAGGGCACCGGUAGAUUAGGGCAUAAUUUAAUAUACAUGAAUUGAGAGUAGGUCGUUGAUAUUUUAACUUGUAAUCGGCUGUCAGGGUGAUAGUGAAUUUUAUAUUGCCAGGGAACGUCGUAGGCUAAGCUACUUCUUGCAUUACAUAUGCGUUUCAUAAGGAAUGUUGUUGCCGUUAUGUAGCAACUGGCAGGCUAAUUGGCAUAUACAUAAUUAUUGCGUAUAUUAUUGCCUGCUAUUGGAUUUAUCUAUAAUAUACAUAGUUAAGUAAGCUACUGAUGUAUUCAUGAGUAACGAUUUCCUUCACAUUUGGUGUAAUUUGUGUUCUUUUUAUUUACACACACGCACACACAUAUAUAGGCUAGUGGCAUAUGUAACGUAGGCCCGGUACGUUAAGAGUUUAAGACGAGUAAAAAUGGGACUGGGAUCUGAAAAUACACCCACCAAGCUAUCCGAACGUUGUGGGGUCUACAAAGAGGAGACAAAUGUCACUCAGAAAGCACCCUUCAUUGUAGAGGCUAUAUUACCAAAUAAAGUGGGGCACGCGACAACAGGAAGAGCGACGUGGGGUCGCCGCCUUGAGUUCGUCCUCGCGUCGGUGGGAUAUGCGGUGGGACUUGGAAAUGUGUGGCGGUUCCCGUACCUCUGCUAUAGGAGCGGUGGAGGUGCUUUUCUUGUCCCUUACUUUCUUAUGCUGUUUCUGUGUGGCAUCCCUUUGCUCUUCAUGGAGUUUGCCAUUGGGCAGUACACACGUCUGGGACCGGUGCAUGCUCUAGCCCAAGUUUGCCCCUUGUUGAAAGGUGUGGGCAUUGCCACCGUUGUGAUCUCCUUUGUGCUCUGCACCUACUACAAUGUUCUCAUGAGCUGGGCGCUCUAUUACUUCUUCAACUCUUUCCAAGAAAAACUGCCCUGGCAGUCCUGCAACAACACUUGGAAUGCCAUGGGUAACUGUUCCAGCGGUUUCCCUGGCAACGCCACCCACCUGCAGUCAGCCAGUCAACAGUAUUUUCAUCACAGACUUUUGGAGAUUACUAAUGGAAUUGAGGAGGCAGGAGGACUACGCUGGGAACUUUUUGGCCUCCUUAUCUUGACCUGGGCCAUUGUCUACUUGUGCAUCUUCAAAGGUGUCAAAUCCACUGGAAAGGUUGUUUAUUUCACAGCGACCUUCCCCUACUUCAUUUUGUUUGCCUUGCUCAUCAACAAUGUUCAGCUUCCUGGUGCCAAGAAUGGGAUACUCUACUUCAUAAAACCGAACUGGAACAAGCUGCUCGAAGUUCAGGUGUGGGUUAACGCUGCAGCCCAGAUAUUUAACUCCAUUGGAAUUGGAUUUGGCUCCAUGAUAUCCAUGGCAAGUUAUAACAAGUUCAACAAUAACAUCCUCAGGGACACGUUGAUUGUGUCUUUAGUUAACUCGGCCACCAGUAUCUUGGCGGGCUUUGUCAUAUUCUCAGCCAUUGGUUACAUGGCUCAUAUCCACAACCUCCCAGUUGACAACAUUGCUACAGAUGGACCUGGCUUGGUGUUUGUGGUGUAUCCAGAGGUCUUCUCCACUAUGCCUCUGCCCCAAGUGUGGGCUCCUCUGUUCUUCUUCAUGCUUCUCUGCUUGGGGCUUGACAGCCAGUUUGCCAUGGUGGAGGUGGCGGUUACAUCCAUAAUGGAUGGCUUUGGACCAAAGUUACUGCGUAUCCUGAAGAGACAGGAGCUCAUUGUUCUCUGUGUUUGUGUGAUGGGCUUCCUGUUAGGCAUUCCUCACAUAACUAAGGGGGGCAUCUAUGUGUUCCAGCUGAUGGACCACUACACUGCUGUGGUGUCACUCAUGUUUCUGGCCUUCUUUGAGGUUAUUGCUGUCUGCUGGAUUUUCGGACUCCGGAGGUUGACCAUUAUGGUGCAGAGGAUGUUGGGUAAAGCUCCUAAUGUCUAUUUCCGCUCCUGCUGGAUGGUGUUCUCCCCCAUGCUGGUCCUGUGCAUACUGAUCUCCUGCAUUGUCCAGUACACACCUGCCCGCUAUGGGAAGUCAUACACAUACCCGGUCUGGGCAGAGGUGGUGGGUUGGGGAAUCUCCCUAGUCUCCAUUGUGUGGAUCCCCCUGGGAGCCCUGCAUGAAAUCUGCAGAAAUAAGGGCUCACUGCUGCAGAGGAUAAAAACAGCUGUAACUCCUACAAUUGAAUUGGAUCCUGUCACCAAUCUAGCAGAAAUACCAGAGUCUGAAGCCUUGUUCAUCCCUCCUCUAUAAACCAUUUUGUUAGGUAGUCAGCUAUUCAAUGUUAAUGUUAUCUUUGUUCCUGUAAUCUCUUCUAGCAACUCCCUGUUUGGUUAUAUAUUCCAAGGCUUCAAGGGCCACUUCCAUGCUGAAAACCUUUUUCGCCUCACACCAAAUAGAUCUAACGCACUCUUUGAAUCAAUAUUGCCAUCUUGUGGCUGUUUCAAACAUUAUAUUCAAUUCUCUGCAACUGACUUAAAAAUCAUCAGGCUAGUUUAAUAUCCAGAAAUUCAUAUGAUAUUUGUUCAAAUUAUAUUUUUUAUAUACUCUUAUUAUAUACUCUAAGUGCAUUAAAUGUAGAGUAGUACUAUGCCUUUUAAUUAUUAGGACAGUGAAGCAUUUCCCUUUUCUGUCAAGCAACAAACAAAAGACUCAGGAGGCAAAAGUUUGAAGCACAGGCAAAGUUUAUUCAAACACAAAAAGGCAGCAGCGAGUAGUGGACAGGCAGAGGUUUGGUACUUGGGAUAUCUAGGAGACAUAAACACAACAGGAAAAAACUGGAAACGUGGGUCCGGCAUGUGAAAGAACAGUAUAGGAACUGGCAUCAGAACAGACAGACAACACAGGUUAAUAAUGGAGACAUGGUUGACACCUGAGGGGGCGGGACACAAGACAACACAGGUCAGUGGAAUCAGGAUGGGGCACAAGACAACACAGUGGAGUGGAAUCAGGGUGGGGCACAAGACAACACAGUGGGGUGGAAUCAGGGUGGGGCACAAAACAACACAGUGGAGUGGAAUCAGGGUGGGGCACAAGACAACACAGGUCAGUGGAAUCAGGAUGGGACACGGCAACACAGUGGAGUGGAAUCAGGGUGGGGCACAAGAGAACACAGUUGAGUGGAAUCAGGGUGGGUCACACGGCAACACAGUGGAGUGGAAUCAGGGUGGGGCACAAGACAACACAAUCACAACAUUUUCGACUUACAUCAGGGUGUCUGACCGAUGUAGAUCUUUACUCAUCGUGAGAAACCGUGCAUAGUCUACUGACCUUGUCAUUAUGGUGCCAGUUCUCUGUUAGGUGUUUGGCAUGAAGGUGUGUUCCCCGUAGUGUAUUGAAUUUUGCUCUACCACAGUCUGGGCCUCAUGUUGUGUGUCUUCAUUUUUGUUUAUUACAUUGUAUGAGCUGUAAACAAAAUUAAUUCAUAAAGUUGCUUCUUAAGCAAUUGCUGAAGUUGUUAACUCUAAUUUGACACUUAAUACAAACACUUAGAAUUUUUCCUAGCGGUGGUGAACUGUUUCUUACUCUGUGGAUGAUAUAACCUUAAAUCCAUGAUCUUUACACUCUAGCAAUCCGAAUCAGGAAGAGUUGUAUUGCCAAGUAAGUUUCACAACAAACAAGGAAUUUGUUCUGGCCCAUUAGUGCAACAAUUUAUACCAAAGAAAUAAAAACGGUGGACUGAGCAUAAAAUGGAGUCACAUUAGAGAUUACUUUAGUAUAUCCUGUUAAAUACAUUUUGAAUAUUUUUUUAUUAUAUUGACUUCAAACCACAUAAUUGAAUCAGACAGAUGCAGUUUCACUGAUGGUUCUUUUAUUCAUUAUUUUUUUUUACUUGUACUCUACAUUCAGACCAAAUAUUCAGUGAAUAAUUUCUUAUUAUAAAAUAUUUAAUUAAAUUAUUUAACACAAGCUUUUGUUUCAAACAAAAAGAUUAAUAACAAACUUACUGGAGCCAUUUCUGCAAUAACUGUGUGUGAUGCUUUUGACUGGAAUGCUAGAAAUGUUAUUCUCAUGAUGCUUUUAAGAUUCAUUUGUUUUACUUACAAGUAUGAUUUAUAUCUGUGUUUAUUUAACUAAUGGGUACUUUUUUCAGUCUGAAUCAUGGUAAAGGAAAAGAGAAUCUGUUAUGCCUGUGUUGAUCUUACAUAAUUUGUGUCAUACAGAGGAUUAUUGGAAAAUGCUGAAGAUUUGAUUUCUAAGCCCUAUCAAUGCAUUAAUGCAUCUGUUCUGAAGAAAAGAUCCAGCAUGCGACUAGAUGGCAGCAUAGGACAGAUUAACAUGCAGUUCAGGAGAAACAUGCAGCCCCAAGGCCAGUACAGGUUUCAGAUAUUUAUUUCAUUAUCCUGUUGCACUUCCUUUCAAUGCAAUAAUUGUAGAAACCUGUAGCAUAUUUGAGCUUUGUCAUUUCCAUUUUAAUAGCUUUUAUGGUUGAUUAGGUUUCAACUAAAAUUAUAUUAUUGCUAUAUGUAUCUGUGUGAUAAAAUACUUGUGCCUAUGCCUUUUUUAUUUUAGUGUUUUGAGAUGAAUAAUUUCAAUGUGCAAACUAUGAGUCAUGCCUGCAAUAGGUGUGUGAGGUGAAAUGUACAUUAUAUACUUUGGGAUGUGAGCUUGUUGCCAAUAAAGAGUAAAUUAAGAGCCUUA